AUGAAGCUGAACGAGCGGAGCGUGGCCCAUUACGCCACCUGCGACUCUCCUGCCGACCAUGCCGGCUUCCUCCGCAAGCGUGUGGAGCGACACCACCACCAUGCCCACCACCACCACGCCACCUCCUACCAGCGCCGCUGGUUCGUCCUCAAGGGCAACCUCCUCUUCUACUUUGAGGAGCGGGAGAGCCGGGAGCCCGUGGGGCUGGUGGUGCUGGAGGGCUGCACCGUGGAGCUGUGUGAGGCUGCCGAGGAGUUUGCCUUCGCCAUCCGCUUCGACGAUGCUGGCGCCAGGGCCUACGUGCUGGUGGCCGACGGCCAGGCUGCCAUGGAGGCCUGGGUGAAGGCGCUCUCGCGGGCCAGCUUCGACUACAUGCGGCUGGUGGUGAGGGAGCUGGAGAAGCAGCUGGAAGAGGCCUGCAAGAGCUUGGCCGCUUGCCGCAAGUCUCCACGGAGGUCCUCCUCCUCUGGCAGGAAGAGGCACCUCUCCAACCCGGCCUUGCUGCCUCUCCAGGAGAAGCCCGCCGUCCUGGAGAAUGGUUACUCCACAUGGGGCAGUGGUGGUGGCGUCCCUGGCGGGGCCACCUGCCCUGACCGUGAUGAGGGGCACGCGAAGCCCCCACCCCUGCCUCCGCGCCGGCGCUCGGUCGCCAGCAGUGCGGCAGGUUCUCCAUCGUCUGGUCUCUUGCCAGCCAUGCCAGAGAGCCCGGUGUCACCGGAGACGGCCUGCUUCUCCAAGCUGCACAGCUGGUAUGGGCAGGAGAUUGCGGUGCUGAGACGGGAGUGGCAGGAGAGGCAGAAGAGGGGACACCCGUGA